UGGUGUGGACAGCGACGCGAGCGGCGGACUGGCCGAGUCGAGUAGUGGCAGCUUUUCUCCUCUCUUCCAGGGGGGAGGCGCGAGAAAAGUGAGGUUAGGGCGGUUAGGCUUGCUCGCGGCGAUGGCGGCGAUAACGGGCCUGGGUAGGAACAUCCCCUACUUGCGGCAACAGGCCGCGGCCCUGCUCGGCAACACCAGCACCAGCGUCAAGUUCAUCUGCGUGGUGGUGCUGUUCUCCUACUGCCUGUCCUUCUCCGCGGAGGCGGUGCGCAUCCUGAGCGUGACGCCAGGUUACCUGCUGCCGCCGGUCUUCUGGUUCUGGACGGCCUUCACCUUCUGCUUCCUCGAGAUACACUUCUGGGAGGUGUGCGUCGACGUCGUCACCGUCGGCCUAUGCGGCAAGCUGAUCGAGCCCCUAUGGGGCGCCUUCGAGAUGAUGACGUUCUUCGCCGUCGUAAACUUCGGCGUCGCCGUCCUCUCGGCGCUCUUCUACCUGUUUCUCUACAUGUGCACCAACAACCCGGACCUGCUCUUCAACAUACACAUACACGGCUUGACCGGCUACAUCGCAGGAGUCGCAGUGGCGGUGAAGCAAAUAAUGCCAGAUCAUAUCUUAAUCAAGACACCUAUUGGAAAGAUCACAAAUAGAAAUAUACCCUUAAUGGUAUGGAUCGUGGGAUUGAUAUUGUGGCUCGUUGGGUUACUAGAAGGCACUCAUCCCACGAUGUUUCUCAGCGGAUUGUUGAUAUCUUGGACAUAUCUGAGAUUUUAUCAAAAGCACAACAACGGUACUCGAGGAGACAUGGCGGACAAUUUUACAUUUGCAAGUUUUUUUCCAAAUGUCUUGCAACCACCGAUAGCAGUGGUGAGUAACACCAUACACGGAUUCUUCGUGCGUAUCGGAAUAUGCCGGAAAGUAGUUAGAAGAUUCGACAUGUCCAACACACCGCCUGGCUUGGUUAUCAAUCUUCCUGGUAUCGAUCCUCACGAUAGCGAACGACGCCGGCAAAUAGCGUUGAAAGCACUGAGCGAGAGAUUAAGCAGAGAUCAUGCGAAACCUUGGCAACCGGACAGGGCUAAGAAACACUCGCCAGUGCCUCCGGCGGUUUCCAUACCGAUACCCGAAUCCACCACACCCAAACCGCUCGCAUCUCCACUCAUUCCACAAGUCAAUGUCAAUAUACAUAAUCAUCCCUCUAGCAGUACGUGAUUAUACGAGACUGACUGAUUUCAAUAGGUUUAUAAAUUACACUGAAAAGCUUCUAAACACAAGUGCAGGCUUUAAUAUGGCUAUAGUCAAUAAUGGAUGCAAUUCCUAUUUUUUUUAUCAUAUAUCUGUAAAUAGAAUGUUAUCACUAUGAUUUAAGCACUAAAUUGAUCUUUUUUUUGUGGAGUGAAAACUAAUUUAGGAUUCAAUUCAUUAACUAUUUAUUUAUACACAGUAAAUUAUUUAUUUAUUCUUAUGAUAAUGACACAUGUUAAAAUUUCAUUGAAAACUUUCAUGUUAUAACAAAAUAUCACAGAAAAAAACUUCUACAUUAAAUAGCUUAUAUUAUCUGAAAGGGAGACUUCAAUGCCAGCAAUUACUAUUUUUAUGCAAGUGUGAAUUGCAAGUUUCAUCUUUUGUUACUCCUACUCAAAAAGAGUUGAUUUUAAUUCUAACUUAUUUAACAGUAAGUGAAAUAUUAUAAAACAAUUUUUUGAUUAGAAAGAAAUUAAUAUACUGCUCUAAUAAAGUGUCUUUUGCUAUAAAAUAUCGUUGCACGUAACAAAUUAUGGGAUAUUGUACUCUUUAUUGAUUAUCAUGCCAUAUUAAUGCCAGUUUAAAAAGAAUAAUCUUUAAAAGAUUUUUAACAACAUGUGGGAAAGAUAAAAAUCAAGAUUUAUAUCUUAUGAUGCUAUUUUCCAAGAAAUGGAACAAUUCUUUGUUAUACUAAAGAUUAGGUGUGUAAAAAUUAAUGACAUGAGAAUUUUAAUAUCUCCAAAAAGACAACCUCAUAGGUUUGUAGUGCCAUAUGAUUAGAGCACACUGUUCCAUCAAAAAGUCCGAUGAUUAAAUAGUAACAUGUAAUAAUUAGAUGCUUUCAGUGCAGUACGUACAGCGACAUAAUUCAGAAAAAACAUUGAAAUUGAAGAAAGUGAAAAUUUAUAAUCUUAAUUUAAAAUAAAUUUUGUACUAAAUACUUGAAAAUACGGAAGAGAUAGGUGAUUAUCUCAAUGUUUAACCUAUACAUAUAUAUAUAUUGAAAUCAGCUAGUUAUAAAGAUAUGCAGAGAAAGUUCUGUAUCUUUACAUUUCAAUUAAAACAUAUAUACAUAUAUAUAUUUUUCCAAUAAAAUGUUCUAAAUUGUUAUAAUCGACAUAGAAUGUAACAUUCGUUUACUUUCUUAUCAGCUCUUUUUUUUUUAGUUUUUGGUGUUAUACAUGAUGUAUAAAAAUUUCAGUUUAUGUUGCAUAAUUUUAUUUUGUAC